AUGAAUACUAUCGAAGAUUAUCACCAGAAAGGUCCACCAUCGUAUGAAGCAGCAGUCUGCUCAAACACAAAUAGCGGUGGAAUAUCACAAGCAAAAACAAAUUUUGGGCCCUUUGCACCAUCGCCAGAAUCAUCUAGUAAUCCUGCAUAUAUACCACAAACUGUCAACCCUACACUACCAAAUUCUACCGCGAUGUAUCUAGAACCGCAUGCAAUACCAAUUAUUGUUGGUGUACCUGUUUUUGGACCACAUUCCUGUGCAAUGACUUGUCCUAGUUGUAAUAAAGCUAUUGUUACGGAAACACAUACGCAUGCUGGUUUAUUAUCGUUCACGAUUUGUGGAAUACUGUUACUUUUCGGUUGCUGGCUUGGUUGCUGUUUAAUUCCGUUCUGUGUUAAGGAUUGUUUGGAUGUGAAUCACACUUGUCCCAACUGCAAAAUACUACUAGGAUCUUACAAAAAAAUUUGA